AUGUCUGAAUUAGAUGCCAGACUUGUGAAGAUGAGUGUGAUAUGGCUGUUUUUGGUGACACAAUUGUUCUGGCUAUGUUGGUUUGGUGAUUAUCUCACUGUUGAGGCAGAGCAUAUACGACUGGCAGCAUAUGAAUCUGGUUGGGAAAUGUCUCCAAAAGUAUUCAGAAAUGCAGUGUAUAUGAUAGUAAUAAGAGCGAAUCAUCCAUUUCUAUUGACAGCUGGUGCAUUUGUUCCUGUAUCUUUAUCAACAAUGACCAAUGGUUUACAAGCACAUUCAUUGACAAGUGAUUCAUUACAAUCUGUUGUAAUUGGGCUAGUGCUUAAUGUCACUGGCACAAUGAUAAAACAAAAUAAGAACAAAGGUCAUCAAGAUAAUUGUGUGUACCAGAUCAUUCAUAUCAUGCCAAGAGUGCCUAUAAAAGUGGAAGUGACACAGUUCUCUGGCUCCUUUUCUCUACUUUCUGUUAUUGUGGAAAGAAGUAGUAGGAAAGAAAUAAUGUCUGCUUCAGUGAGGUGUCUAUAUCAAACUGUUAGAAAAUUAGCAAAUAAUCCCAGUGGAGUAAUUCGAAAUCUUUCACGUACCAGUCCUACAUGGGAUUCCUCACAAGAAUCACAAGUUGAAGAACAAACUCGACGCAAUGAGGAACAUGGUCAAUUAACAGAACUAGUUCGGGAUUUUCUGAAUCCUGCUGAUUUUUAUAAUGCUCUUAGAAACAUAGGAAUAAAUUUUUUCUGUGGUGUGCCUGACUCUCUUUUAAAAGACUUUUGUGCUUUCAUGGCUCAAAACGAAGUGGAUGAAAAUCAUGUAAUAACAGCAAAUGAAGGUAAUGCUAUUGGUCUUGCAGCAGGGUAUCACCUUGCAACUGGAAAAACUAGUCUUGUCUACUUGCAGAACUCUGGAUUGGGUAAUACUGUGAACCCCCUUGUAUCUUUAGCUGCCCAUGAAGUUUACUCUAUUCCAAUGCUUCUCUUAAUUGGGUGGCGUGGAGAACCAGGCAAACGUGAUGAACCACAACAUCUUUUGCAAGGCCAUGUAACACCUGGACUUCUUGAUACAUUGGGAAUUAAAUAUGCCACCCUUCCAGAUUACAUAGAGGGAGCAACAAAAACUUUACAAUCUGCUAAAAAGCACAUGGAUGAAUUCAACAGUCCUUUUGCUCUUUUAGUCAGAAGGCAAACCUUUUUGCCAUUCAAAUUGCGAAUUCCUACUCCAGUGUUAUCUCUCACACGUGAAGAUGCAGUGAAAAUCAUUGUGGACUCCCUUGGAGAAUAUGAUAUUGUAGUUAGUACUACUGGUAUGCUUUCAAGAGAACUUUUUGAACAUCGAGUUGCUCGAGAACAGGGGCAUGAGCGAGACUUUUUGACAGUUGGUUCUAUGGGUCACGCUUCCAGUAUUGCUCUGGGUAUAGCACUGCAAAAGCCUACUAGACAGAUAUUCUGCCUGGAUGGAGAUGGUUCAGUCAUCAUGCAUAUGGGUGCCAUGGCCAUCAUUGGUCAAACAAAUUCAGAAAAUUUCAAACACAUAAUCCUAAAUAAUAUGGUUCAUGAUUCAGUGGGUGGUCAAGCUACUGCCGCUCAUGGAGAUAAUUUCAGUUUCUUAGAAAUAGCAAAAGGAAAUGGAUACAAACAGGGAAAAGUCGCCACCACAGAAGUAGAAAUAACGGAAGGUGUCAGAUGGUUGAAAGCAAUAAAAGGUCCAGCUGUUCUAGAAGUUAAAAUUCGUCAAGGAAGUCGGAAAGGCCUUGGCAGACCCACACGGACUCCACUCCAAAAUAAAGCAGAUUUCAUGAACUUUCUAUCAUACAGUUAAAAAAUUUUGUCUAGUACCUACUUAAAUUCAUUAAUUUUAAUUUGUUUUGCUGUUCAGUAUUUUAUGUUUCUCAGUAUAACUAGAUGUACUCAGUUUGUGUGUUGUUGAGUUUUUGUACUCUUUAGUUAUACGAUUGGAAAAUUAAAGUGCAUUUAUUAAGUCAACCAUUUGGAGCAAAAGUAGUAGUAGACAUAGGGAUACAAACCAAGAUGAUGGCAAAUUCUUCUCCAACUUGAAAUGAAAUAAAUUAGUUCAAGGUUAUGUAGCAGUCAAAGACUUGAAUAUAAUGUUGUUACCAUAAUCAUGCUCUUCUGAUAAACUUUGAGCUGAA